CACUAGGAUAAAGUAAAUGUAGACGCCUAGAAGCGGCGGUCGGAUUUUUCGAAGGAUCUAAAGACACACACUCAAACACACAAAUACACAUGUUCUGUACAUAUAGACAAAGUCACCGCUGUCCCCGCUCCUUAGGUAUCCGUAGAGUGGAGGAGAGUUAUUUUCGUUUUGUUUGUUAGAAUACAUUUGUUAUCUUCUGCGUUUGCGGCUCCGAAGCACGCGGAAGAGGAUGGCGCCCACGCCGCGAUGCCGCUAGUUGUUAUAGACCAAUUUGGGGAGCGUCAAACUAGGCAAUCCCCGCGGUAUGAUCCGUUAGCAAAUUGGUAUUUGAUUUGAUUUGUUUCGAGACGGAUUAGGAUGAUUUCGUGAUUGAGAUUUGGGAAACGGUUAGUUAGUAGCUUUGCGAACCCGUUAUGCGAAUGUGUGGGCACCUAGCACUGGGGACCAAUCCCACAACACGCAAAUCACCGGUGAGCCCAGAGUUCGAGCCUCGUGUGAGCGAUCGAUCUGGUGGCGAUCAUUGUUGGAGCAUUUGUCUUGAGUUGAUUGCCGCACACUACUAAUAGUUUACGGUGUCUCAUACCUUACAUAAAAAAAAACUCCACACAAACGUGCUUUUUAAGCCACCACCAUUUCAUUCACGAGCGCCACGAGCGGACAGCCGAUUUACAAGACAUUAAUAGGAUAGGGAUGCGAUAGGAGGAUGAGAUGUUUUAGCAGAAACAACAUUAACAGAGGGAUAUUAACGGAAGGGAAGCGGUGGGAUAAGCGGUAAGCGAAUGUUUCGUGUUCAUUGUACAGCAAACGGGCUACGAAGCGACACGUUUCGUAGCUACAUUUCUUUAUGUUCCAUCACACCCCCUUGCACCGGAAGACCGAUAGCCAUGCUGCACACGUGAACCAAGCUCACACUUCCCUUCAUAAGGCGAUGUCCACGAUUGAGGGACGGCCGGCGACAGACCAUUUUCUUUUUGUUUUUUUGUUUUGUUUUUGGAGCCUCGUUUGCUCAAACUCGCUGCGUCUCGGGCAAGAAUUGACCGAAGAAAGUAGAGCAGAGUAGGACGAGCACGAAAGAACCACCGGUGCGAAAGGAUGUAAAGUUUGAUUCAACGUUUAAUAAUAAAA